GAGCUCCACCAUGCCAGCAGCGGCCGCCAAGAGGUUCAAACCCAGCAAGUACGUCCCGGUCUCGGCUGCCGCCGUCUUCCUAGUGGGAGCCACCACCCUCUUCUUUGCCUUCACGUGCCCGGGGCUCAGCCUCUACGUCUCCCCGGUCAUUCCUGUCUACAAUGCCGUCGUCUUCCUCUUCGUGCUGGCUAACUUCAGCAUGGCCACCUUCAUGGACCCGGGCAUCUUCCCACGAGCCGAGGAGGACGAGGACAAGGAGGACGACUUCCGAGCGCCGCUCUACAAGACGGUGGAGAUCAAGGGCAUCCAGGUGCGCAUGAAGUGGUGCGCGACCUGCCGCUUCUACCGGCCGCCCCGCUGCUCCCACUGCAGCGUCUGCGACAACUGCGUGGAGGAGUUUGACCACCACUGCCCCUGGGUGAACAACUGCAUCGGGCGCCGCAACUACCGCUACUUCUUCCUCUUCCUGCUCUCGCUCACGGCGCACAUCAUGGGCGUCUUCGGCUUCGGGCUGCUCUACGUGCUCUACCAGGUGGAGGAGCUCUCGGGAGCGCGCAUGGCCGUCACCAUGGCCGUCAUGUGCGUGGCCGGCCUCUUCUUCAUCCCCGUCGCCGGCCUCACCGGCUUCCACGUGGUGCUCGUGGCCAGGGGCCGCACCACCAACGAGCAGGUGACGGGCAAGUUCCGCGGCGGCGUCAACCCCUUCACCAACGGCUGCUGCAAGAACGUGAGCCGGGUGCUGUGCAGCUCCCCGGCGCCCAGGUACCUGGGGCGCCCCAGGCCCGAGCAGACGGUGCUGGUGCGGCCGCCCUUCCUGCGGCCCGAGGUGUCAGACGGGCAGAUCGCCGUCAAGAUCAUGGACAACGGGAUCCAGAGCGAGCUGAGGAGGACGAAGUCCAAGGGGAGCCUGGAGGUGACCGAGAGCCAGUCGGCGGACGCGGAGCCGCCGCCGCCACCCAAGCCCGACCUCGGCCGCUACGCCGGCCUGAGGACGCACUUGGCGCUGGCCACCACCGAGGACAGCGGCCUGCUAGGCAAGGAGAGCCCCCCGACGCCCACCAUGUACAAGUACCGGCCCGGCUACAGCAGCAGCAGCAGCUCGGCCGCGCUGCCGCACUCCACGAGUGCCAAGCUGAGCCGCGUCAACAGCCUGAAGGAGCCCAACGCGCUGGGCGAGGGCGGCCGCAAGCCCAGCUACCGCUCGGAGCCCAGCCUGGAGCCCGAGAGCUUCCGCUCGCCCACCUUCGGCAAGAGCUUCCCCUUCGACCCGCUCUCGAGCGGCUCGCGCUCCUCCAGCCUCAAGUCGGCGCAGGGCACGGCCUUCGAGCUGGGCCACCUGCAGUCCAUCCGCUCCGAGGGCACCACGUCCACGUCCUACAAGAGCCUGGCCAACCAGACGCGCAACGGCAGCCUGUCCUACGACAGCCUCCUCACGCCCUCCGACAGCCCCGACUUCGAGUCGGUGCAGGCGGGCCCCGAGCCCGAGGCGCCCGUGGGCUACACGUCGCCCUUCCUGUCGGCGCGCAUCGCCCAGCAGCGCGAGCCCGACCUGCAGGGCCGCUUCGCCUCGCCCAAGCACGCGCCGCCGCCGCCGCGCGCGCCCUCGCCCGUGCGCUACGACAACCUCUCGCGCCACAUCGUGGCCUCCAUGCAGGAGCGGGAGAAGCUGCUGCAGCAGCAGGACGAGGCGCAGCUGCGAGCGGCCUACAGCAAAUCCAACGGGCAGCCCAAGAGCCUGGGCGCCCUGGGCAGCCCCACGCGCGGAGGAGUCAAGAAGGUCUCCGGCGUGGGGGGGACCACGUACGAGAUCUCCGUAUGAGUGAGGGGCCGAGCCGUUCGCCCCGCUCCC